AUGAUGAGUGCACAAGUCUACUCUCACCCUGCAGCUGCUACUGCAGCCGCCAAGAUCACCUCUCCCUCCGUCGGGCCAUUGGACCCCAACCAGGGCAACAUCUCCCCCCUUCUCCAGCCUACCGUCCCAGAGACCUCUACAGCCCAAAAGCGUGGCGGCUCCCUCACCCCAGGUGGAUCCAUGUCUAAGAGCGAGCUCUCGUCCAUGACCGGCUCGAUUGCCUCCAAGCUGGACCAGUACCUCGGAAGCACCAACAACAGUCUCCACCGUCACAACCGUGGCUCAUCUGAUUCAAACGCUAGCCUUGGUUCCCUCUCUGGCACCAAUCUCGAGAACCACAACCAUACAAGCGACAACAACAAGGAUAGCAACAAUACAGGAAGGGAACAAAACAACAGCGGCAGCGUCUACGCCAGCGGAAGUGGGGGUAGCAACAACGGCGAACUGGACGACGACACCGCGCUGGCCAACAAUCUUGCAGCAAUCUCCCUGGCGACCCAAAAGAUCAGCGAGAUCUAUCUUGAACCCAAGCCCAAGAAAUCCGCCCCCGAUGGCCACCAAGUCACCAAUGACCAUUUCGAGCCCGAGAAGCAUUUCUACCCUCGCGUGUUGAAUGCUCAGAUUCAUCCUAUGGUUGGCUACUUUUUCUCGUUGGGCAAUGAGCGAAUUAUUGCGAGGUAUAUGCACUUGAAUCCUCAGGUCAGUGAGGAGGUCUUGCGCAAGUGCCUGGAUUAUGUUCCUAAGCACUUUCAGUGGGCUGGAUCAGAUCUGUUCAAUGUCACAACCGCGUCGGGACACCGCCAGAUGAUCAUCGUCGAGACCAACUCGUGUCCCUCUGGCCAAAAGUCGAUGCCACUCCUCUCAGAAUCAGAUGAACACGGAGGGUACCGUUUGGUCCUCGAGUCGGCGUUCAAGGACAUGAUUGAAACUGCGGAUCGCAGUUUGGGAGGACUCGCAGUUGUGUGCGACAAGAACAUGAUGGAGGCGAGUGGAUAUGCGUCAACGUUGGCAGAGGUCAUGAAGGAGAAAGUCUGGCUGGUAGAGUUCUACGAGUAUGACCAGGACCCUCCCGUCAAGUGGAUCGACCGCGUCAUGUACAUCCGCGACGAGAAGAAAGAAUGGCACUCAAUCAGGGCGUGUUUCAGAUAUGUGACACAGAAGCCAUGGAACCGGUUCCCUCUGUACACAAAGACCAUUGUCAUGAACCAGACGGUCGCCUGUCUCGCUGGAGGACGCAACAAGAUGAUGGCUGCCAGGGCAUACGAGUUCUUCAAUGCCGAGCUGGCUGAUUCUGGACUCCACGUGCGCGUCCCUGAGACGAUCAACAAUGUCACCAAGAACGAGAUCCCACUCUGGCUCGACAGCAUGGGUGGCCAUGCCGUCGUCAAAGUCCCCUACUCCAACGCUGGAGUUUACACGAUUACGAACAAGCAGGAGUUGCAGGACUUCAUGGACACGCCACAGCACUACGACAAGUACAUUGUCCAAUCCCUAGUCGGAAACGCAUCCUGGUCAUCUAUGACCCGCCACGGCAAGUUCUACCACGUCGGCACAAUCCCCAACAAGAAGAACAACACUUUCGUCACGGAUCUCCGCAUGAUGGUCGCUGGUAACAAGCAAGGUUUCCGGCCGAUCUGCAUCUAUGCUCGUCGGGCACGUAAACCCCUCAUUCGCCACUUGGAAGACGACUUGUCGACAACCUCGUGGGAGAUGUUGGGCACUAACUUGUCGGUCAAGUCGCCUACCGGCGAAUGGAGUACAGAGGCCGCACGGUUGUUGUUGAUGGACCGCAAGGAUUUCAACCAGUUGGGGUUGGGUGUGGAUGAUAUGAUUGAUGCGUAUAUCCAGACGGUGUUGAGUGUGAUUGCGAUUGACAAGAUGUGUCAACGGUUGAUGAAGGACAAUGCGGAGGGGCCUGGACAGACGUUUGAUAUGGAGUUGUUCAAGGCUCUUAACCCGGACUCUGUCCUCUGGCAGGAGGUUCUUCUGUAG